AUGAGGAAGUUCUUUGAUUCUCGUCGUGAGUUGGUGAACUCUGGGCCUGGUUCUGGAGGAGGUGGCAGCAGCUCUGGGUCCAGCCAUGCAGGAGGAAAUUUCAUUGGCAGAGCCUUCACUGUCGGGCGACACCAAGUCACUGUUGAGGAGAUAAUUGCUGAAGGUGGCUUUGCAAUUGUGUUCCUCGUGCGAACAAAUCAAGGGGUGCGUUGCGCCCUGAAGAGGAUGUAUGUCAACAAUGAGCAUGAUCUGCAGGUGUGCAAAUGCGAGAUUCAAAUAAUGAAAGACCUUGUCGGUCACAAGAAUAUUGUUGGUUAUCUGGACUCCAGUAUCACAGCUAUGGGAUCAAGGGAUGUAUGGGAGGUUCUCAUACUUAUGGACUACUGCAAGGGGGGACAGGUGGUCAAUUUGAUGAAUCAGAGGCUGCAGACCGGCUUCACCGAGGCCGAGGUGCUGCAGAUCUUCUGUGACACCUGCGAUGCCGUCUCUCGCCUGCACCAGCGCAAGACACCCAUCAUCCACAGAGACCUUAAGGUGGAGAACAUCCUCCUGCACGACAAGGGACAUUAUGUGCUGUGUGACUUUGGCAGCGCCACUAACAAGUUCCAGAGCCCGCAGACUGAAGGAGUGGCUACCGUGGAGGAAGAGAUCAAAAAGUACACCACUUUAUCAUAUCGUGCCCCUGAGAUGGUGAACCUCUACAAUAACAAGAUAAUCACCACAAAAGCAGAUGUCUGGGCGCUGGGCUGUUUGCUGUACAAAGUGUGCUUCUUCACUCUGCCCUUUGGUGAAAGCCAGGUGGCCAUCUGUGAUGGCACUUUCACCAUUCCAGACAACUCCCGCUACUCUUAUGAUCUUCACUGCCUCAUUCGGUACAUGCUGGAGCCAGACCCAGAGAAAAGACCAGAUAUCUACCAGGUGUCCUUCCUUGCUUUUAAACUAGCUCAGCGGACCUGCCCUGUUCAGAAUGUGAAGAAUUCUCAGAUUCCUUCUAAACUUCCUGAGCCAAUCAAAGCGAGCGAGGCUGCAGCAGCAAAGAAGAACCAGGCUAAACCCAGACUGACGGAUCCAGUUCCCACCACUGAAACCUCCAUCACCCCUCGCCAGAGGCCCAAAGCAGCCCAUACUCAGCCCGCGGCUGGCAUCUUACCCAUCCAGCCUGCUGCUCUCACCCCUCGCAAGCGGGCUAAUCUCCCCGGUGGUGCAGCUCAGCCUGUGGGAGUCAGCUUGAACCUCUCUCAGCCUGCUGCAGCUCUGCAGUCACAGAAGGCACAGACUUCAGUUCUGCCACUCAUCCAGUCACAAAACAAUUCAAGUCAGGCUGUGGCUCCACAGAAGCAGCCAGUGCAGCCAGCCGCAGCUACAGGAGCAGAGACUACAACAACAGCAGCAGCAGCAGCAGCAACAGUCGUGUCACCAGUGACAAAGGUUGACGUCCAACCACAAGCACAGCCAGUGGUCCAGCAACAGACCACACCUCCCUCUGUGGUCGGCGCCACCUCCCAGCAGGCAGCUCAGACGCCAUCGAGCCCGGCACCACCUCAACGCCCGGCUCGACGCAAGCAGGCUCAGCAGCCGGCGGCUCAGCCUUCACCCAGCAAACCGGCCUCCGGUCAGCCGCCUGUAUCUCAGCAGCAGCAGCAGCAGCAGAUAAUUCAGCCGUCAGCGGCCCCGGCUCAGCCCGCCUCCUCUGAGAUCAGCCAAAAAGCAGCUGAGACAACUCCACUCGCUUCUCCAAAGACAACUGAAGAACGAGGCCACCAACGCACACCGAGUGACGCAACAGCGAGCAGCGUUGCUGGAGUUCCAGUGAGCGACUCCUCACAGCAGCCACAAGGAGUUAAUGGAGACGCCGCCCUCAACCAAUCACUUACGUCUCCACCAAGCACCGUCCAGCUUGUUGAGCUUGUUGAGCUUGUAGAGCUUGUAGAGCUUGUUGAGCUUGGUUUUGGUGAUGCAGGUCAGGACCAGAACAAAGCUGGACCCACUGGCGAUGCCACCAACACGCCCACACAGCCUGCAUGGAACCCAUUUGACGAUGACAUCUUUUCCAACCUCACUGCAGAGGAAUUCAAAACUGAGGACAAAAUGCCUUCUGACCUACCUUCAGAAAUUGAGCCAUCAUCCUCAGAGGAGUUGAUACCAGGCCUGCAGGCCUCAACUGUGGAUAAUACACCCCAAAAUACUCUUGAAAGACCAACAACACUCAUUGAUGUGGAUUCAGGAGCUUCACUGUUGGUUGUUCCGGAUCCUUUCGGUCUCCUCGAACUGUCAGAUGCACCAGAGAAACUGAUUGAAGGACUCAAAUCUCCAGACACAACUUCGCUCAUGCUUCCCGACCUCUUGUCAUUGUCUGAUCCGUUCGGUGGCUCUGUGGAAGAGUCUGCAAAAGACCCUCUGACCGUAGAUGACUCUCUCCUGGGCUGCUCUCUGAUCUCCGGUCCGUCCGCCCCUCCGGCAGCGAGCAGUGCCACCUCCUCCGUCUCUUCUGCUCCCACCUCCGCUGCCUCUGCUUUGGAUGAUUUCAGUCUGUUGUCAGGGGACUGCACACAGCCUAUCGCAGACUCGUCCCUCCUGAUCUCAGACUUUGAGCCCCAGCAGGCCGCUGCAGACGUCGGCACAGAGGACGAGUUUGAUCCUAUUCCCGUCACAGGCCGAAAGAACUCCCAAGUUUCAGGAGGCCACUCGCGCAGUAACAGUGGCGGCUCUGAAUCCAGCCUGCCCAGCUUGGCCCGCUCCCUGCUGCUGGUGGAUCAGCUCAUCGACUUGUAGGCGCCCCCCCCCCCCCAAACCUCCCUUUGCCCCUCUCUGUAGAAGCUGUAACACUGGAUUAUAGACUGGCAUAGCAUAACGGCAAUCAGCACUGUUGUCAUAGCUAGCUCCCUGCACCCCCCUCGGCUGUCAUCUCCAUUCUAGUUCCUACAGUAGAAAACGCCUUUCAGUGCUUCUUCAUACCUGUCCUCUCCGCCGUAUCAAUCGCAUCAUCUGGCUUCUUUUCACCUCUCAUCUCUCACCCUCUCACUCACAUUUUUUCUCUUUGUUGUACACAUCAUGUAUCGUCCAUUUGGUUUUAAAGAGUGGCCAGAACACUAACAUCAUCCUUUUCUAAAGAUUAACCGUUACAUUCUCUCUGUCAAUCAGGAUAUAGUAUCGCUAUCCAGUUUGUUUGAGCAAUAUUGCAUAAUGUCUAAUAGCAAAACAAUAGAAGAUCAUUGUCGUAAUGUACAAUAGGCAUAGUUAUAAGUGGUCGUAGUUAUUAUCGUGCACAAGUGAAAAUUGUCGUCGUUUGCCUUUUUUUAAAUUCUCCUCCCCAGAUUUAUUUGCACAUUUUAAAAGUAGAAACCAUGGAAAAGUUAAAUGAUCGAAGGAGGUCAGUUUAUUUCAUCUAUAAAAGGGAAAAUUAGUCAUGGAGCCUGAUUUGCACAGUAGCAUAAACGUGACCUCUGUCAGGGCCGUUGGAUGGAAUAUCUUUAACAAUUUAAAGCUGCUAUAGAUUAUAUUAAAAAUUACAAUCUGGAAACAAAAACAGCCAUAAACACCUAUACUGAGUUGUUGUGAUGAAGAGAAGAGGAGUACACUAAACGUUUCCCUCAUCAGUGAAGUGCCAUAAAAUAAUCUGUGAAUAAACUGCUGACUGGUGGAGAAAGUAUAUCAGCUAAACUCUAAAUAUAACUAUAGAACAAAAUAAUGUCCAACAGACGAAACUGUACUUUUCAAACGAGGACCCGUUCUCAUUUGCUAUUAUCUUUCAUUUUAUCCUCGAGGCAAGCAAUAGGUUGUUUUGGAAUUUAAAUGACGAAUCCGGGUCAUUUAACAGUGUUUAUAGCAGUGUGCCAUAUCAAUAGAAGAUGCAUGAAAUCAUGACAAUGAUUUGAAUAAUAAGCAGUAAUAGGAAAAUAAAGUAGCUUUUAUCUAGAGAGAGAGACCAUUCAUGACUAUUCAGGUAACUUGUCGGCACUAACAGAAACUAAUAAUAAAUGAUAAUAUGGCAUUUUAAAAAAAAUGAUUUUCACUCACUUGCACUUUUUCGUUUGAAUAUCAACACGAGCAUUCAUUCCACAUUUGUGCAAUCCUUCCUACAUUCCUGCCAUUUCCUAAUUUAUGUAAAUAGAUAUCUGCAAACCCCUGCAGGCUCUUAUCCAGACCAUAGAAUUGGUUCUUCUUCCCGUGUAUAUAUUAAGUCAUUUGUCAUAAAGCUUUACUUGUGGAAAACAUAUUGCUUUACUUGUGAAAUCUCAUACAUCCAUCCAUAUAUAUAUACAUAUAUGCGAUCGAUAUAUGACUGAAAAUGACAUUGUUUUCCUGUUAAUAAAUGUUAAUAUGAAUAGAGUGUUAGAGAAUGAAUGUAAGAAAUAAAUAUUAGUCUAUAAUAAAAAAAAAUAUCUAUGAUUCUGACACCAUAAUCACUGAAUAAUAUUGAAGAAUACUCUAUAUAAAUAUUUCAUUCCUCUUUGUGGAAUUGUGUGUUGAGAAAGUUUUCUUUUCUUGGUUAUAUCUACUCAAUUAUUGUCAGUACAUUCAAAUGUAUAGAUGAUAAUCCUAGUCUUUGUUCAACCUGGAGAUUAGGCUGAAUCCCAUGUCUUAAUCCACCUCCUCUACCUUUUGUGAAAAGAACGUGAGCCUGUGUUCUGUUUGUUUACACGGACUGAUGAAGGAUUAUAUUUUUAUUCAAAACAGCUGACGGUUUUCUGGAAAAGUGGGAGCUUAACCUCUUGAGUCCUGUUUUCAUUUCAUCGCUAAACUAGAACUCUUUUCUGAAAAAUGUGUGCUUUGUAAAGCUUUGUUUUCGCUUUACCGGCUUUAGUGAUCACAGAAACUCAUAUCAAAAAGCAUGGCAGUGUUGUUGAAUGUUCUGUUCAUGUGUGUUGGUAUACAGUGUUAUGAUAAGUAUGUAUGUGUGUGCGUGGAGUCAGAAUUUGUUGGAUGUGUUUUCCAGUAGCCUACUUGUGUUGUUGUUUGCUGCAAAUAUGGCGACGGUCACGUUGUCGUCAAAAUCUCUUCUGAAAGCACAGCCCCCCCCCCCUCUAAAUUCUCUCAGGAAGUGCGAGCUACAUCUGAGAGUUGUAUUGGCUUAACCGCUCCCCGGUCUCACUGUCCUUCUGGAAGUUAAGACAAGUUUGUCUGAUAGGGUUUAAUGUGUGAGGGGCUCUGUGAAGUGUGAAAAGGUCGACAUACAACACUCAGCAUCAAGUCCAGGGUUUGAAAAAAAUCAGCUCCAAUCAGCAAUAUAAAUGUUUCUGUAGGAUCAAACUAAAUGAUUUGGCUUCUCGUUGCAUGAUUACAGUGGGAAGACUGCCUCCAUCUUUUCAUUUUGUCAUGUUAGAAAGUGAUUGUUUUUGUGAGGUCUACUUAAAAUAGUCCCUUCUUGAGGAGGCAGAGUAAUUCAGAGAUUCAAGAGACAUAAUCAGGAUUUUUUUUUUUUUUUUUUUUUUGUUAAUUGGUAUUGAAGCAUAACAAGGUAUUGAAUGAUAACAAAUUAGUCAUAUUGUUUAGGGCUGGGCAAUAUAUUGAUAUUAUAUUGAUCCUGUGAUAUGCGACUAAGAUAUUGUCUUAGAUUUUGUAUAUCGUAAUAUUAUUAUAUGGCAUAAGUGUCAGGCUGUCCCGAACUACUGUACACACACGCACCUCUACACACAACAAACAGCGAUAUCCGUCUGAGAAUAACUAAUAAUAAUUAAUGUUGUGGGAUUAUUCCUUAUUUCAUGGGCUAUUUGGGGAUUUAGACAUUAUAAUUACAUACUUGUGUAUAUAUAUAACAAAAAACAAAGCAUUCAAAUACUGAUUAGGAUUACCAUGACAACGAUCCAACGGUUGGUAUUUUCUUCGUUUUAUUUAUUUAUCUAAGAUAUUAUUGUCUAAAUAUUUUGUGAAAGCACCAACAGUCAACAUUACAAUAUCGUCGCAGUAUUGAUAACGAGGUAUUAGGUCAAAUAUAUCAUGAUAUUUGACUAUUAGAUUAAUUAGAUUAUUUUCCCCAUAUCGCCCAGCCGUAAUGUGGUUUAAUACAGACAAAGUGCACAAAUCUUAAUGGGUUUCGACAUGCUAGUUAGAUAUAGUCCUCUUGCAUACUUGUAAUAUUGAAUACAGUGUCUACUUACCUUUUAAAUGACUGAAGUAAAGGCAGCAGUAUAAAAUAAAUCACCUCAAAACUGAAUCAUAAAAUUCAGAAUUUGAGAAUAAUGGUGCCAAAAGCACAAUUAGUGACUGAUUCACAUGUUCUUUAAUGAUCAUUGUAUCAUUUAUGUCAAUUUUAUUAAUUAACCCCCGAGACUGAGAGUAUUUUAAGUGGAACUCCUGAUUUAAAUUUUAGGAUUUUAUCUUUGAAAUAUAUUUGCAGAAACUUAAAAGAGUGUCUGGUUUCAAACACCCGUCUCCCAGGUGUAUUUACUGUAGGUGCUGCAUGUGCAACUGAAGGUUUAUGUUGUUUUCAUCAUCCUCUUUAUGAUCCUUCCUCUGAACAACUUGCAGUUACUGUUUGAACCUAUGCAACUCCCGAGCUUUCUCCCUGUAGCCCGCCAGUGUGCUGUUGUAACCGGUAAAGCCAAGCGGGUAGUGAGAUUAGUCCUCGAUGUGAAACAGACGCCCCUCAUUUUCUCUGUUGUUUUGCCAAAAAUGAAAGCUGUCAAUUUUAUCUGAUACUAUUGAGUGUUUUUUUGAGACGCCUCUCGUCUUUAUGGCCCAAACCCGCGUCAGAGCUGUGGUAUCGUGUGCUCCUUCUAUUUUUGUGAGAUAAUUAAAGAAUUAUAAAGGGAUGGCAAAUAAAAUACAAAUGUGAAUGUCAA